AUGGAAAUAAAAAGGAAAGGAGGAGAACCACCCUCCCUCCCCUUUUUCUAUGUUUUAUUUCUCGCUCUCGCUCUCUCUGUUUUGCCUCCUCUGCUUCUCACUGAAACGUUAAAACAGACUCGUUACCCUUUGAGUUUUCCCCUGUUGUUUUCUUUCAAUUACUUCAAGCUGGCGAUCGAUAAUCAAGAACCCACUGUCCGUGAAAUCAAGCCCAAGAACAGAAGAAUCAUGGGAGCUGGUGGGCCUGAUGAAGAAGACAACAGGUGGCCUCCAUGGCUGAAACCUUUGUUAAGAGAGCAUUUCUUUGUUCAAUGCAAGCUUCAUGCUGAUUCUCACAAGAGCGAAUGCAAUAUGUACUGCUUAGAUUGCAUGAACGGCGCUCUCUGUUCUUUCUGCUUAGCUUAUCACAAGGAUCAUCGUUACAUUCAGAUUAGGAGGUCUUCAUACCAUGAUGUGAUAAGGGUAUCUGAGAUACAGAAAUACCUGGACAUAUCUGGAAUCCAGACUUAUGUUAUCAACAGUGCUAAGGUUGUUUUCAUCAAUGAGAGGCCUCAGCCAAGGCCUGGAAAAGGUGUCACCAAUACCUGUGAGGUCUGUGACCGUAGCCUUGUCGACUCAUUUCGCUUCUGCUCUCUUGGUUGCAAGAUUGUUGGCACAUCCAAGAAUUUCCAGAAGAAGAAGAGACACUUGGCCAUGGCCUCAGAUUCUGAGGAUUCAUACAGCAGCAGCAGUAGCCAUGGAAAGCUUAUGAACAACAACAACAAAAUGCGAAGCUUUAGUCCUUCGACACCGCCUCCAACUUCAGUGAAUUCCCGAACUGCGAAACGAAGAAAAGGGAUUCCCCAUCGAUCCCCAAUGGGAGGUCUAAUCAUAGAAUAUUAACCAUAGCCCAUAUACAAAAGAUAUAUAUUUACCCUACUAUGUUACCCCACAGAUACAAAAGGCAACGUGUGAGAAUGUGCAACCUCUUUUCCGCGAAAAGUGCCGGCAUUUAUCACACUCACCCUGCCUUUCUCUACUGUUGUGUAUAUAGAUUAUAGAAGCACCAAAAGCUAAGAUGUGGAAAAAUAAGCCCCCAAAUGUUUCAUGUACUUGAAUGCUACUCUCUGUUUCUAGUUUUAUUAUUAAUAGGGUGGGGGUCGUUCUUAGAAUGGGAUUGAUUAUACACAAGUUUUUGUCAAAUAGUAAUGUCCAAUGAAAGAUGUAAAUAGGGCAUUAGGAGUAGUGAAGCCAUCAUGUGAUAUUGGAAUGCACUGUAGUCCUUUGUUAUAGGAAGAAGAUGAUGAGAAAAAGGUGAUGUUUAUACUAUAAAUUGAAUGAAAUAUAUAAGUAGAUUUUACUGUGUGUUGUAUAA